AUGGCACAUAUAGUUAGAACAUGCUAUUUGGCACUUAUUUUUGUCAUCAUGUCGCCAUUGGUUAAAGCAACAAUAGAUGUGUGCAAGAGAGGAGAUGUGACUGUGGAGCCCUCCCGUGUCCUCCCAUUUGGAUCUGCUGUCAAUAUUUCAUGCUCUUUAAAGCCCAAGCAAGGCUGCUCUCCAUAUUCCAAUUUUAACAGAUUAAGCCUCUACAAGUUACACCAAAAAAUAAAGUUCCAGCAUGGCCACUCCCUCAGUUCGCAGGUCUCCGGUCUUCCUCUGGGCACAACAGUGUUUGUCUGCAAGCUGGCCUGUGGCAGUAGUGAGGAGAUCCAGAUAUGUGGGGCAGAGAUCUCAGUUGGUGUUGUUCCAGAACAGCCUCAAAACUUAUCAUGCACACAGAAGGGAGAACGUGGGACUGUGGCCUGCACCUGGGACAGAGGACGAGACACCCACCUACCUACUGCGUAUACUUUACAGUUAAAUGGACCAAAAAAUUUAACUUGGCAGAAGACAUGUAAUGAUUAUUACUGUGACCAUUUGGACCUUGGAAUCAACCUACCUCUGGAAUCACCUGAAUCCAGUUACACAGCCAGGGUCACUACCAUCAGUGAUCUUGGAAAUGCUUCUUCAUUUCCAUCCACAUUCACAUUCUUGGACAUAGUGAGGCCUCUUCCUCCGUGGGACAUCAGAAUCAAAUGUGCAAAUGAUUCUGUGAGCAGGUGUACUCUUCAGUGGAGAGAUGAGGGGAUGGUGCUGUUUAAUCGACUCAGAUAUCGGCCCAGUAACAGCAGGUCCUGGAAUAUGGUUAAUACUACAAAUGCCAAAGGAAGACAUGAUUUAUUGGAUCUGAAACCAUUCACAGAUUAUGAAUUUCAGGUUUCCUCUAAACUACAUCUUUAUAAAGGCAGUUGGAGUGACUGGAGUGAAUCAUUGAGAAUGCAAACACCAGAAGAAGAGCCUUCGGGGACAUUAGAUGUCUGGUACAUCAGACAGAACACUGACUACAGGAAACAACAGAUUUCUCUUUUCUGGAAGAAUCUGAGUGUAUCAGAGGCAAGAGGAAAAAUCCUCCACUAUCAGGUGACUUUGCUGGAGGUGGCUGGGGAGAAAGCCACACUACAGAACAUCACAGAACAUACCUCCUGGACCUGGGUCAUUCCCAGAACUGAGAACUGGGCUGUGGCUGUGUCUGCAGCUAACUCAAAAGGCAGUUCCCUGCCCACUCGUAUUAACAUAACAGACCUGUGUGGGUCAGGGCUGCUGGCUCCUGGCCAGGUCUCUGCAAACUCAGAGAGCAUGGACAGCAUUAUGGUGAUGUGGGAGCCCCCCGGGGAAGCCGCCUCUGCUGUCCAAGAGUACGUGGUGGAAUGGAGGGAGCUCCACCCGGGGCACGGCCCCCGGCCCCCUCUGAACUGGCUACGGACUCCCCCCUACAACGUGUCCGCUUUGAUUUCAGAGAACAUAAAACCUCACAUCUGCUAUGAAAUCCGCGUGCACGCACUGUCAGGGCACCGGGGAGGAUGCCGCUCCAUCCGGGGUGACUCUGCCCACAAAGCACCACGGAGUGGCCCCCACAUUAAUGCCAUCACAGAGGAAAAGGGGCGCAUUUUAAUUUCGUGGGACGAAGUUCCAGCCCAGGAACAAAUGGGCUGCAUCCUCCAUUACAGGAUAUACUGGAAGGAACAGAGCUCCACUUCCCAACCUCGAUUUUGUGAAAUUCCCCAUAGCGUCUCUGGAAAUUCACAUCCAAUAGACAGUCUGCAGCCCAGAGUGAGAUAUGUCCUGUGGAUGACAGCUCUGACAGCAGCUGGCGAAAGCCCCCAAGGAAAUGAGAGGGAAUUUUGUCUGCAAGGUAAAGCCAAUUGGAGCACAUUUGUGGCACCGAGCAUUUGCACUGCUAUCAUCAUGGUGGGCAUUUUCUCAAUGCGUUACUUCCGGCAAAAGGUAUUUGUUCUCCUGUCAGCCCUCAGACCUCAGUGGUGUAACAGAGAAAUUCCAGACCCAGCGAACAGCACUUGGGCCAAGAACUAUCUCAUUAUGGAGGAGGUGCAGCUGCCCGUGGAGAGGCUCCUGACAGACGGGCCCGCUCCGAAAGAACCCGAGCCCCUGGUCAUCAGCGAAGUCUUGCAUCAAGUGACCCCAGUCUUCAGACAGCUCCUUCGUGCCAACUGGCCAGAGAAGGGAAAAGGAGACCAAGGUCACUAUACCUCUGAGGAAACAGGGUACAGUGCCUCGAGAUUACCACCUCCAAGAGCUCUCACGGCAGAGACAGGGCAGCUAGGGGAUCUGUACAAGGUGCUGGGGAGCAGGAGCCCCAACUCAAAGCCAGGAAACCCAGCAAGCCCCUCGCGGGUCCUCCCAGGGGACUACCUUCCCACCCAGGAGGGCUACUUACCCUCCAAUAUAGAUUACCUCCCUGCACACGAGGCUCCUGGAACCGAGCCCCCGGAAGAACUGGAGCCUCAGCACAUCUCCCUUUCUGUGUUCCCCUCAAGUACCUUGCAACCACUCCCCUUCUCCUGUGGCGAGAAGCUGACUUUGGAUCGGUUAAAGAUGGGGUGCGGUCCCCUCAUGCUUUGAGUGAAGCUUGAAACUUGGAAAGUUGAAGUGCUCCCAACCAGCGCAGCAGGCCCAUCGACCCAGCCCUCUGCUCGCUGUCAUCACCUCUGGUGCUACCAUUAGGUCUGGUUGCAGCUAGAGGGCAGUCAAGCCGGCUCAGGUUGAUCUCAGGAACUGCGAGUUGGCUGCAACCCAGAUACUUCACCUUGCCUUCUCUGGAGGCUUGAUAUUAUUACAUCGUUCCCUGCGUGGACCUACAGACUCCAGACUAAGUCCCCACAACUUCCUUGGGCUUUGCUGCAGAGUGGAAACCAAAGCUCUUACUGGCAAUGGCAUAUAGUCCUGAGGACUGUUCACACAACUGUUUAAAAAGCAGCUACUACCUACCAGGUCUUAUGUCUCACCAGCCUAACUGCACUGUUCAGUACUGGCUGUUGACUCUUUGGGAUGUGCCAAAUAUGACUGAAGAACUGAAUUUUGAUUUUAAUUAUGUCACACAUGGCUAAUGGCUACUGUAUUCAGCACAACUACAGAUAGUGGACACAUUGGUGAGAAAUACAGGGGGAGCCUUCAAAACAGAUCAGCCUAGUUUUACAAUUGACAUAAAAGACCCUGGUAAACACAAAUAUAAAAGGAUUUCCAAGAUGGUUCUGACUGUCCUUAUUUGUGGAGGCCUAAGAAUGCAUUUUUCCCCCUGGCUUCGCUAGUUUGGUUUGUUUUGCCUUCAUCAUGCAGUGAAUCCAGAGCAGCCUGAUGGUGGAGAGCUACUGUACACCCACCUUAGGACCCUGAGCAAGCAGCCUCCCCUCGAACAUCAGGUGUCUUAAAAGGGAGUGGGCUGCCACACUCCUGUCAUCUUUCCUGCUUUCCUUUUUGGGGAAAACUGCACUGGUCCUCACAAUUCUUUUCCUCAGCACAAAUUCGGAACAUGAGCCAUACUUUACUGUUAGAUCUGUGGCCCUGGCCUGUCACCUCCCCUUACCCAUCACUGCCUCUAUGCAGUCACUGCAGGCAUUUGUUAAGCUGGUGGUCAAUUCAAUUGCUGAUAGUAACUUUUAGGUCCGAGACUUUUUUUUCUUAAAUCUCUGUCAAGCAUGGGACCUACCUCCUACCCCCAUCCCACCCACUGGAACUGAGGCAUGUGUCCCUCAGAGCCUCAGCAAUUGAAGUAACAAACAUUGGUCUGUUUGUUCAUGUUAGACAUGUCUAACUCUUCACCCAUGCUCUUGCCAUUCCAGACUUAACAUAUUUUCUCCCAGGCUUUUCCUUCCUUUCAUCUGUUCAAUUCUCUUUAGCCGCUGUGUGUAGUCCCUUGCAUCUCAGCAGCUCCAUAACUGGCUUGCUUGCACCCAGGAUGUGGUGCCUCAUUUGUCUGCAAUGGGCCAAGACAAGGAUACCUCCUUAGGUGGCGGCCAAUCUAUCACCUCUUGACAACGGAAGCCAACUUUUCUUUCUUGCAAUACUUGUUUUAUAAUCCUUGAUCUUCUUUGGAUUACCUUUCCAUCUUAAGUCACUCUGUCCUUCUCCACUUGGUCCCAGAUAGCUAGCUCCCAGUCUUCCUUACACCCUCAUUCCCCCUGACCCCCCCCCCCUUCCUUUCUGUUCCCUUAAAACCCCAGGGGAUAAUGCAGUCAUUUGUUUUCCUAAAAAAGUAAAAAUAAUUAUUAAACAGGGAGACUUCUCGGACUCCUAAAGGCUUCUCCUUCUAAGGAUGCAGAGGUCUCCUCUGUGCUCUCCUAGCAUGAUGCCUAUAGUCUACUUCCUCUGGACUGUAAAUAACUUGAAGGUGGGAACAUGCAAUCUUCUCCAACACCAUACCAGGUACAGGAUAGGCUAUCAAUAAAGAGAUGUCACCGGCCACACUUUCAUUGUGUCCCUUCUGUCCCAGCAGCCAGUCUAGCUGUGUGUGCUUCCUCUUUAUUGGGACAACUGAGUUUGCAUUUGUUGAUCCCCAACGCCCCCUUCUGCCCUGCUGUCCACUGGCAGUACUGCUGUUACACAUGUAGCAGAAUUUAAAAACAUAUCUGAGGAAGACAUUGGCUGCUCACAUUGCCAGAGAAAAUGUCCUCUUCUCAUGAAUGACAGAGGAUGGGUAACACUGUUCUGUCCUUGCACUAAGUAAUUUCACAUACCCCUCUUCUGCCCACACAAAAUCCCAAGUCAGGUUGCUUAAUUUACCAGGACUAGGUGGACCUCACCAAUAUCCGAACAACCAGUUUCAUUCCUCAAGAAAAUCAGCAAUUAUUUAAAUCCUCACUCCCAAUAUACAUCCAAAGCCAAUCCAGAAAUUUCUGCUCUAUUCAAACACAUUAAAUUUCUUUGUUUUCUGUGACUGAAAUAUUAUAAAGUCCAAGUUCAAACGUACUGGAUACUUUGACUCUCCACCACUAAUCCUUGUGCAGAAAUCCAACUCUGAAUUGUUCCUUGAAAGGGGCCUUUCCUAGGAGGCAGAGAUUCUAUUUCCUGGACUUGUCUUAAACAAACUAGUGCUAUCUAGUUCUUUUCUUUUACUGUCUUUCCCCCUCCACCCUGUCCCAAUUUCCCAGUUUCCAUUAAUAGCCUACAGCUGCAACUCGCCAAUGCCCGAGGCCAGUGAAAGGAUGCCAAGCUAGGCAUUCUAUUCCGGCGAAUCCGUUUGAUUCUUGGUUUUUCUGAAAUUUCUCCCUUCACAUGACACACUUAUCGUGUAGGAGCCCUGCUUUUCUCUUUCUAACGUA